CUGAAGAAAACACGUAGAAUGUUAAACAAGAUAGGAAUAAUGCUGCCCGCAAUUGUGCUUCUGUGUAAUUCCCAGUAGUCCUAAACAUCCUAAAACGCUUCGCCCAAUUCUACAUAACAUUAGUAAAGCUACCACCAGCAACGCAACAACGCCAAGCCAUCGAAGGAAUUAGAUCCUGCCAGGACAGGAACGGAAAUGAUAACAGCAAAAUACUUCUUUCUGCUUAUAUUGAUUACUGCGGGUUUUGCGUUCAUUCUACUGUAUCACUGGUUCUCGACAAAGGUUAUUCUUGCCGAUAAGCAGCUAACGAUUCAUCUUGCUGAAGGAAACAAUGAGCAACUGAUACACAGCAACAUCAAUCAUUGGCAAACGGCCACGGCAAAGGUGGACGACAGCACGACCUAUCGGAACUAUGAUGAACAAUUUGUGAUAAUUUACAACCGGGUGCCGAAGACUGGCAGCACCAGCUUCGUUAAUCUUACGUAUGAUCUAUGCAAGAAGAAUGCAUUCCACGUACUGCACAUUAACAUUACCGCCAACAUGCACGUACUGUCGUUGCCCAAUCAGGUCAAGUUUGUGCGCAACAUAACCGCUUGGGAUAGCAUGAAACCUGCCUUCUACCAUGGACACAUGGCUUUCUUAGACUUUUCAAAAUUCGGUAUGCCGUCGAAACCGCUGUACAUUAAUCUCAUCAGGCAGCCGCUCGAUCGGCUAGUAUCCUACUACUACUUCCUGCGCUACGGCGACGACUAUAGGCCCUAUCUCGUACGACAUCGAGCCGGUGAUACGAUGACGUUCGACGAGUGUGUCGCGCGGCAGAAGCCAGACUGUGAUCCCACAAACAUGUGGCUCCAGAUACCGUUCUUUUGCGGGCACCAUGCCGAAUGUUGGAACCCUGGUAGCAGCUGGGCUCUCGAACAGGCGAAGCGCAAUCUCGUCAACGAGUACUUCCUAGUCGGGCUGACCGAGGAGAUGGAUGAGUUUAUCGAACUGCUAGAACUGUCGCUUCCCCGCCUGUACAAAGGUGCGGUAUCACAUUUUCAAAAGUCGAACAAAUCGCACCUGCGCAAAACUAAAUCGAAGGUUGAGCCGGCGGAAGAAACGGUAGCCAAAAUUAAGGAAUCGGCCGUGUGGCAGAUGGAGAACGAGCUGUACGAGUUCGCGCGCGAUCAGUUCCAUUUCGUGCAGAAGAAGCUCCGCACGCCAGGCAGGAACGUGAUGCAGGAUUUCAUGUACGAGAAAAUUAAACCAAAUCCAAACGGCGCCGCCAAGAACUGAUAUAGGAACCGGGAUCCCCGCAAGGUGAAAUCUCCCAAACGGCGUCGGGAGAAGAUUUGAGCGGGACCCAUAAAGAAGCAAAUCGGGAUGAAUGCAUGCUUGUGAAACGGGUGGAUUUCCUGAAUGUGUGUGUGUGUGUAUGUGUGUGCGAGAGAUAGAGAGAAAGAGAGUAUGUGACCAAUGUGCGUAUGUUUGUUGUUCUUUAGGUGUACGUGAUUAGAUUAGCGCGAAAAAGACACGGAGAAGAGACAGAAUCUCAUGUACAAUCUCUACGCGGUUCGAGAUAGGCUAAAAACAUUGUUGAUUAAUUGUAAUUUUGUUUUCCUUAGUGGCAGCUUCACACAACGCUAAAGCUAAGCUUACCCAUCAUGUCUCUUUGCUCGCUCACACAAUAGAACUACGAACUGAUCGGUCGUCAAACUCACGAUGGGCUUAUAUAUUUCAAAUAGGCAUAAGGAUUAUUUUUACGUUAGUCAAUUCUCACACGCUUCAUCAGCAUUGUUUCUCUUCAUGCGAUCAUUUCGUUAAGUUUAUCGUACAACAAAUGCUCACCGCACCGCAAAAGACAACUUAACUCAUUCCUAUCGUACCGUAUCCAGUUUCCUACUAAACAAACCGUUCGGAUGAUUAGACGCGAUCUUCAAUCAUGCACGAGUAUAAAAAAGACGUAUUUGCGACAGUUUUGAUAGCGAAGUAAAACAGCUUACCUAUGUAAGGAUUAGGCAAUUAAUGAUAACAUAACCAAAACGCAAGACGCAUACAAUAACUAAAUGAAUAAAAGAAAUAUUUUUAUUA